AUGGCUAGGGACCCCAGCAAUCGUUCCAGGCCGCGCAUCCUGCAAUGGAAUUGUCGCUCGCUGCGCCGCCGACACGCCGAACUUGCGGAGCACAAAGCUCUGCAUGAAUUCGACAUUCUCGCCCUGCAGGAGACGCACGCGCGCGCCGAGGACCUGACGCUUCACAACUUCAUCGGCUACAGCGGACCGACGACGUGCGCGCUGAGCAACUGCUCUGAUGCGCCCUGCACCGACCCCGUGGAGUGCCUCGCAGUGACAGUGCGUGUGGGUGGUGUGGACACUUCGGUUGCGUGUGUCUACGUCCGCCCGAACCUCCGUUGUGAUUACGCGUUUGUCCCCCGCCUCGCCGCGGCGCUGACAGUUGACUGCAUCGUGUGUGGGGACUUCAACGCUCAUCACAACAGCUGGGGUUGCGGACUGACUGACCUUCGCGGCCGGUGCCUGUCGGACGCGAUCGCCACCACAGGUCUCUCCAUUCUGAACACUGGUGAGCCAACGUUUGUGCGCCGCAACACACGCCCCUCCACGAUCGAUCUGGCACUGGUGUCUCAGUCCUGCUCGUACAUCUGGACACGAGCCCCAGACACUGCCGGAUCGGACCAUUACCCCAUCGCCCUCUCGCCCAGCCACCCGAGUCGCGGGGCGAAGCGCGUGUACAGUGUCGAUGUACCCUUGGAGCUCUUUCUGCGUAGCGGAAUCAACAGCGUUCCCGUUGCUUUGGUGCCGACGAAUGGUGGAGCUAUUCGGAUGAAGAACCCCAAGGCCAUCCAGACCGAGCUUCGCACGGUGACCCCUCACUUUCUCCAGAUUACUGAGGUCCGGCAGUUUGGUCGCGGCGGUAUUCUUUGCUGCUCACCAGACCAGGCCUUGCUGGACAACGAUGUCUUCGACCGAGCGUCUUCGGAAGGACUGCUGCAGAACCCCGACACCGAGGCGCGUGAGGUCAAUAGGCAAGUCGCUGUUUUAAAGACGAAAGAAGCUGAGCUCCGCCAGCUAGACAAGGACAUUCUCGAUCUCACGGAAGACGAGGCUAUUGAAGGAGAAGUUGAGGGCGCAAACGACUACCACGAGAAGAUUCUGUACGCGAUUGCUGAUGCGCAGUUCUUCCUGUCACAGCGUCAACAGGCGACCGGUCUCAGCGGCCCGUCUAGGAGUGAACCCAAUGACGACCGGGUAGCAGCCACCCACAGCAACAUCGGAUCUGCUGGAGCGCCGCCAGGAUCCGUCAGUACGCCACGCUACCGGUCGGUCGCGCUUCCGACGCUUCAGGUCCCGACGUAUGCCGGAGAUUUACGUCAGUGGCAAGAAUUCUGGGACCAUUACAGCGCCACGAUUCACGAGAACACCGAGUUGCCACCCAUCGAGAAAUUUAAGUAUUUGCUGACGUACCUGACGGGAGCGGCCAAGCGAGCUAUCGAAGGCAUCAGGCUGGCUGAUAACAACUAUGAAAUUGCCGUGACAACACUGAAAGAGCGCUUCGGUCGACAGGAAUUACUAGUCAACGAGCACAUCGACCAGCUUCUUGCAUUGUCGCCCGUGAGGAGUUCCAAGGAAGUGGAGAAGCUUCGGGUGCUGCAUGACACCGUGCGUUUCCGCGUAAGUGCGCUCGAAGGUCUUGGUGUACCACCUGAACAGUACACUGUGGUGCUGCAUCGGGUGCUAAUGAGGUGCUUGCCAGAAGACUUGGCGAUAAUGUACCGACAGAAGAAGAAGGAGGAAAGCACGCGCGGUACUAACGCAUCAGCAGAGCCCACACCACCUGAAGCGAGAACGCACAAGGCGACCGACAUUUUAGCGUUCCUGAAAAUCCAGGUUGAAGUGCGUGAGGAAGGGAAGCAAGAAGCGGCGUCAUCGUAUACGCACAACUCGAUCACGGUACCUGGUGACAUGAGCUCGCCGAGAAGAUCUUCACAGGGCAUUCCGUCGGCAUCCGCGCUAGCGGCGACGGAAUCCCUACAGCAGCGCACGCCUUGUGUACUGUGCGAUAGCCGAGGUCACAGCCUGGCAGAGUGCAGGGUCGACUUACCCGCCGACGAGAAACGGGCCAGAUUGCUUAACGCUCGGUGCUGUUACAAGUGCGGAAUGCGCAAUCAUGUCGCACGGUUUUGCAGAGUCUCCCUGAACCUUACGUGCAACAAGUGCCAACGCCGACACCUAACGGUCCUUUGCGAGCUGUCACGAGCCGUCACCACGACCGCUGCUCCUGCACCAACAGUACCGAGCGGCUCGUCCGGCUCUACCUCACCGACGGUAACUACGGCGUCAACUGGCGCUACAGAAGCCAAGUCGGUGCUGCUUCAGACGGGCCGUGUUUGGGCUGAGAGCGGACCACGACAGCUCCUGGUGCGUGUGAUGCUUGACAGCGGCAGCCAGCGAUCAUUCAUACGCACCGACGUGGCCAAGAGAUUGCAGUGUAAAGUCAUUGGCACGGAAGAGCUCUCACUGGUAACGUUUGGAAAUGCCAAGCCACGGAAUCAUUUACGUUGUCGACGCGUCUCUGUCACGCUGCGUGGACGAUUUAACGGCAGCACCAUCACAUUGGAGGCACUGGAAGUCCCCGAAGUGUGCACCGUGACAAGUCCACCGCUGAACAUUGAAGUGCUCGAGCUGUUGAGCGCCCGGAGGUAUGGUGCUGCGGACAUGUUUGACCCGGAAACUUGGCACCCAGAGGACGUCAGCAUAUUAAUUGGCUCGGACGCUUAUUGGAAGGUCGCCACUGGAAAGAUUGAUCGCCUCAACGAGCAACUCACUGCCGUGGAAACGUCGUUCGGGUGGACUGUGCAGGGCAGUAGCUCGCACUACGAAGCUACAGCAACCAGUGCCCUUUUCUUAUCGGCUGGUGGUUCUCAUCAAGAGUGCAAUGAAUCGGCUAUGUGGCGCCUCGACACUCUUGGUAGUGAGAACCGGUGGUCAAGUACGGUAAAAGACAACCCUGACCUCGACAUAUUUGAGCACUGUCUGAGCAAGCAAGCUGGUCGUUACCAAGUGCCCCUGAUGAUGCAGGAGCCUGGCAUUCCGGCCGGUAGUGACAACAGACAGCUUGCAGCACGUCGACUAAAUAUGCAGCUGAACCGAUUCAGGGAGCAACCCGACCUGCUGAAACAGUACGACGAAGCCAUCACUGCUUAUUUCAAGGAUGGUCAUGCCGAAAGAGUUGAUCAAGAGCAAAUUCCAGGCCCUAACAUUUAUUACAUGCCGCAUCAUGCUGUCAUCCGCCGCGAUGCAGUGACCACCAAGCUCCGGGUGGUUUUUGACGCGUCGUCUCAUGUCGUCGGAAAACCGUGCCUGAAUAACGUUUUAUCGAAAGGGGUGAAGCUUGGUGUUGACAUCGUGCAACUAUUGCUAUCCUUUCGUUGCUACCCAGUGAUUCUUGUGGCAGACAUCAAGAAAGCCUAUCAGCAAAUGCUCAUUCGUCCAGAAGACCGCGAUUUGCUACGCUUUCUAUGGGUUCAGCAACUGCCAACCAAGGAAGAGCCCAGCCCACCCACUGUCGCAUGGCGGAUGACUAGGGUCCCUUUCGGAGCAGCAUCAAGUCCCUUUCUGCUUGCCGCCACGAUUCGCCAUCAUUUAGCGUCGUGUCGGGAAAAAUUUCCAGUGACAGUGUCCCUCCUGGAGAAGGCGUUUUACGUGGAUGACCUCAUCCUUGGGGUGUCCACGGCGGAACAAGCCAUGACUGUAUACCAGGAAACACGCGCCAUAUUCGCUGACGCCUGCAUGGAGUUACGGAAAUGGGCAUCGAACUCCGACCUGCUAAAGCAACAGUUUAUUCAAGAUAACGUGGCCAUUGAGACUGAAGCAGGAGAUGACCAUCUCGUGAAGGUUUUGGGCCUGCCGUGGGAGCGUAAAGGCGAUACCAUCGCGUUGACAGUGCGCAACGCAGCCUCCUUCGCCGCAAACAGACCGGCCACCAAGCGCACGAUCCUUCAAACCGUAGCCAGCGUUUACGAUCCGCUUGGUUAUCUCUCCCCAUUCACCGUGAAAGGAAAGCUAAUUUUCCAGGACCUGUGGAAGCGGAAGCACUCCUGUGACGACACGCUGCCAGAUGAAGUACAAGCUGCAUGGAACGCGUGGUGCACCGAGUUGCCAGAUGUCCAGGCACAGGUUCCUCGCUACGUGUUUCUGCACGACUGCAGCGUAGAGCUGGCAUUUGAACUGCACAUAUUUACUGAUGCCAGUCCUAAGGCUUAUGGUGCGUGUAUCUACGUUCGGGCGCUUUCUGCGGACGGGGCAUGCGUCACACGAUUGCUCAUCAGCCGAAGUCUCGUCGCUCCGCUCAAGACGAUGUCCCUGCCUCGACUGGAGCUGAUGGCCUGCGUUAGUGGAGCACGGCUAGCGGAGUACGUACGGUCCGUGCCAUGUCUCCAGCAGGCAUCCGCUCAUUUUUGGACCGACUCUCUCGUCGCUCUUCACUGGAUCCGAGCAAAAACAAGAAAUCGAGAUCUUUUCAUCAGCAAUCUUGUGGCCGAGAUAUCUAAGCUCACUAAUCCCGACACCUGGGCGCAUUGCAGCAGCGGCGAGAAUCCUGCCGAUCUACUCACCCGUGGCGUGUCUGCUAAAGCGUUUCUGGAGUCGGAUAAAUGGUGGCACGGUCCCCCUUGGAUCUCAACGCCAGGACCGAUUUCCAGCUUCAAGCUGGAUGAACUUCCGAACGACAGAGACAUUGAGCCUCUCUAUAAGACAGCCACGACGAUCUAUCCAUCGCUUGUUUCAUCGAGGACUUCAAUUGUGCGUGCGGAAGAUUUCAGCUCGCUCAAUAGGCUUUUGCGCGUUACUGCUUUCGUACAGCGCUUCGUCCACAACGCUUCGAGAAGGAGCCCUCCCCGCAGUGGAACGCUCACGACUUUAGAACUUGAAGAGGCCGAGCGUUAUUGGCUUAGAGUCGUGCAAGAUCAGUAUUUCGGAGCCGAAAUACGACUUCUUGAGAAAGAAAAAAGGCUGCCAUCAACGUCAUCGGUUCUUCGCCUGGCCCCAUUCCUGGAUACGAAUGGACUCCUCCGUGUCGGUGGGAGGCUCGACCUGCUUAACGCCAGUCCUGACAUCCGGCAUCCCAUUCUGUUGCCCGCCGAACCCAAGUUGACCACACUAAUUGUUCAGGCUGCUCAUGUCCGCACGCUUCAUGGUGGCAUCGAGCUCACCCUGACUGAAGUACGGGCAAGAUUCUGGGUGUUGAAGGGCAGGAAGACAGCAAAAAAUGUGCUUUCGCAGUGUUUACCGUGCCGAAAACGACGAUUGACGGCAGUGUCUGUUCCAGUAGCACCAUUGCCACCAGAGAGAAUAACCGAGGCUCAAGCAUUUUCGGUUGUUGGCAUCGACUAUUGCGGGCCACUUUACGGUCGCACAACUGAGAACUCAAACAAGUCAUACAUACUGAUAUUUUCAUGUGCCGUGACACGAGCUAUUCACCCCGAGCUGACCUCCGACAUGACAACGGCGACCACGAUUCUCGCUUUUCGUCGGUUUGUUGCGCGGCGAGGUGUUCCAGCCGUGGUGUACUCGGACAACGCCCUAACGUUUCGCUCUUGUGCACGGAGUUUCAAGGCGGUCAUCCCUGCGUUGCAAGAGCACGCCACCACCACGCGCAUACAGUGGAAAUUUAUUGUGGAACGAGCUCCUUGGUGGGGUGGAUGGUGGGAGCGCCUUAUCCGCACUACGAAAGACGCUUUGAAGCGGACCUUGGGGCGUAGCAGCCUUGAUGUAGAGGGCCUCACGACCACUUUAUGCGAAGUUGAAGCCGUCAUCAACAGCAGACCCCUGACCUACCUGGAGGAUGACCCAAAUGAAUUGCAGCCUUUAACUCCGGCGCACUUUCUGCUCGGAAAGCGAGCCAUCGCCAUGCCGGAGCCGGGUGUCACAGCUGAGACAUCAACUCACGCCUAG